AUGGAUCGAUGGAACGCCUCUGCAGGCCCACGGGACGCGGAUGUCGUUGCUGCCUGGGAGAAGCUCAUCAAUGAACAAGUCGACUGGAACGACUGGGACGUGUGCGACAGUGCUUAUGUGUUCUGCGAUGGCUGCGUCGUGAAAGAGAUAGACUCCCUACGGCGAGACCUGGUGGGAUCCAUUGAGGGCCUCAAAGUCUUCUUUGGGCUCGAGCGGCUAUCUAUAGGCAACGCGCAAAUCUCGGGCGACAUCAAGGCUUUGAGCAACCUUACGAAGCUGCACAAAGUGGCGCUCAGCGGGACGUUGGUGUCAGGGAGCCUGGCAUCCCUCAGCAACCUGACAAACCUGGAAUUUCUGUCGCUCUCCAACACCCAGGUGUGUGGGGAUCUGGAAUCCCUUAGCAACCUGACGCUCGAGAGCUUGUAUUUGGCGGACACUCGGGUGUCUGGCAACCUGGCUUCCGUGAGUAGCUUGACCGAGCUGCGGGAGCUGAACCUCAGAAACACCCAGGUGCAGGGCAACCUGGCAUCCUUGAGGGAGUACAAACUCCUGCGAACUUUGGACCUGCACAAAACCCAGGUGGCCGGAAGCUUGGACUUUGUGCGCCACUUCCGCAAUUUGGAGCGACUGGACCUGGAGGGCGCUUCAGGUGUGUGGGGAGAACUGGCGCUGCUCAGCCACCUCAGAUUGAUGCGCACGCUGGUCCUCACCCGCACCAACGUCUCUGGGGAUUUGCGGAGCCUCAAGAGCUUGGAGACGCUGCACGAGUUGGAGCUGAAGGAGACCCGGAUCGUCGGCCAGCUGAAGGUUGUAAGGCAGUUCCUCGAAUUGACCAAGGCGGAUCUCUCGGGGACUCAGGUGACUGGGCAUUUGACCACCCAAUGGCGAAGCUGUUGCAAGAACCUGCGCGAGCUUUUGCUGAAGGACAGCCAGGUGAGCCUUCUGCCGAACGUGCAGAAUGAGGCGCUGCUGCACAUGCACUUCACCAUCGAAGUGUAUCCGCAGCUUGCGCUCUUUCCGGCACUGGUGAACUUGGACGUGUCGGGGUGCCCGCUGAACGGUGCGGUUCAGGAGCUGCUGCUGGCCCUCGCCGCGUCCCCGCGCCUGGCACGGGUGAACGCGGCCAGGAGCAACUUGUCCGGGACCAUCCCGAACUUGCUGCGCAUCAAGGCGGCAGACGUGGACAGGGAGGUCUGGAACUGGUGGGUGGCUCCCUUGUCGAGAUCGCUGCAGACCCUGAACGUGGAGCAGAAUCGGAUCACCCAGGUGGAGGGUUUUUCCUCGACGCUGCUGAACCUGGCGCGGCAGGCGGAAGGCGUGCAGCUGGCGCCCAAACUUUUGCAGAAGGCCCUGCGAUUGGGUGUGGAGAUCAACUUGGAGGGCACAUCGCUGACCAACACCAGCGAGCCGCUGAGAUUGCUGCGGUCCGGGAGGGUGAAGAGGACUCUGGAGGUCAGAAAGACCGACAAGGCCAAGGGCUAUGCCUGCUACGGGCUGAACAGCCAACAGCUCCUCAUUUCCCCCGACCUCUUUCUGCCAGAGGAGCUGUGCGGGUGCCUGCCGGGCUGGGAAGGUAACGGCACCAACUGCCGCCAGUGCCUGCCAGGUCGCUACAAUGAGGACUUCAACCAGAGCCAGUGCAUGCAGUGCCCCGAUGCCAGCGACACAGCCUCAGUGGCUGCGAGUUCUGUGGACAUGUGCCUCUGCGACUUUGGCCGAAUCCACCCCAAGGAGCCAGGUGAUGCGCCCGGCUACCGUUGCGCAUGCAACAUGGGCCAGGCGCUGCAUGGGCGCGCCUGCGUGGCCUGCGGGGAGCUGCAUCUGAACUGCAGCGGCGUGGGGAACGUGGCGACCAGCGUGGCCCCUGAGCAGGGCUGGGCGCGCUUGGCCCCGAAGAAUGCGAAGACCUUCAGGUGCUUGGAGCCCGCCGCCACGCGCUGCACAUCUUCGAAGGAUGGGCAGUGCGCGCCCGGCUACGCGGGGCCUUUGUGCAUCAGCUGCGCGGAGGGGAGCCACUCCGCCGGCCACCUCUGCAAGCCCUGCGCCGCCGGCCCGAGGAAGCGGGCGCUGGGCGCGGCGCUGGUCUUGGGCGUCGCUGGGUUGGCCAUCGCGGGAUUCGUGUGGCGCAGGCGAGCGUCGGAGCCCGAGCCGUCGGCUGGGGUUCCGGAUGCGAAGAAGGCAGCGCUGGCGCUGCUCGUGUCCCAAGGGCCGCUGUUGCUGCAGCUGGGCCAGCUGUGGGUCGUGGUGGCGAAGCUGGGUACCACCAAAUUGGACACCAAGGCCGAGAAGGGCUUCGCGGUGGCGUUCUGGGAGCAGCCCUACGUCCAGUGGCUGCAGCUCUCCGCCCAGGGCCUCCAGGACGCGCUGAGUUUGGAGUGCUCCUACGGCUCCGCGCAGACCCGGUUCUGGGGUGCGGUGCUGUCGCCCCUGGCGCCGCUGGCGCUGCUGGCGCUCUGCGGCCUGGUGGAGCUCUUCUCCCGGAGCUCAGGUAUCAGCCUUGCGAUCAAGGCGCUCACCUUGUUCUUUAUUGGUGGCGCCACGAGCUGCGCCCAGCUCCUGAGCUGCCAAGAUACGGAUGGAGGAGGCAACCUCUUGGGGGAGCACGCCUUCCGCUUGGCCAUGCCGGAGCUGAAGUGCUCGGUGCCCAGUUGGGCCCCGGCCUGA